GUAUAAAUGGCUGGCAUGUCUUUGAAGCCAUAUUCAUAAUAAGCAACUUAAAUAUUCUUCCCAAGAUCUGUUGUUAUCAAUGAGUGAAGGUGGAAAACAAAAGCUUCAUCGUCCAUUAAUCACGCCAUACAACGACCAUGCCGGAGAUAAAGAUGACUGUAUGAUCAUGGAAGAUCAUGAAUCUCAUGAUAACGAUGAUAAUAUCAGAUCAUCGGCAUCAUCCCUUGAAGAUUCAAGAUCAGCGUCUGGUGGAUCAACAUCAUCCUCAGACAUAGUGGACGAUGCGUCUUCAUCAACUUCUUGUUCUUCAUCCUCGCUCAUGGGCCAUCUACCCAUCAAGCUGAGAGGACUUUCCAAGUACUAUGAAGGCAAGUCUCAGUCUUUCACAUCUCUGUCAAGGGUGAUGAGCAUAGAAGACCUUGCAAAGAAGGAAACACCUUAUAGAAGAAAAAUGAAAGCAUCCAAGAGCUAUGGGGGCAGCUUUGAUGCCCACAAACCAUACACCCUUCCCAAGGCAACAAUUUCUAAGAAAUCAACUAGAGUUUCUUUGUCAUCUUUAUCUUUUUCAAGUAGAAGAUGAAAGUUUCUUGGGUAUUACUAGACCCCCUCCAAUUCCAUACAGAAGAACUUUUGAUGUGCAGAUUAAUUAUUACGUACCAUGAUCGAUUUGAUGAAAAACAUAAUGAGUUUCUUUUGCGGCUGUAGCUUUUA